UCAGUGGGGCUUCUCCAUGCUGAUCAAUAACCGUUUUUGUUUAACUUUUCUAAACAAGCAGAGAAUGAGACAUUGGUCUAUGUACAGGACACUUUCAACCAACUUUAAACGUUUGUCAGUCAGAAUUGCGGUGGUACGGUAGACUGAUCACUAUUUCCUGGCUGGUUCCGCUGCAUUUGGUUUGUCCUGUGCUUCAGAUGUGGCCAAACAUGGGAACUCUGAUCUGGCUCUUUCUAGUUCCCUGCUUGUUAAAAACAACAGCUCUACUGAUUUCACAAUGCACUUUGCAGAAGGAUUUUUUAGAGUCACUGAAACCUCAAGAUUUAUUUUAUUAUUUUGAUACCAUUUCCACUAAAUCAGUGCCUCAAUUUGAGCUGGUGUGGGUGAAUUGCUCGAGGAACGAGUCUUUCAGAGGGCUGUGGAGGUGCUCGUUUCAGACCGAAGGAGAGAGAUUUGAGCUGGGCCAGCACAGAGAUGAACAACCAGCAUCCUGUCCCACAAGCCUGGAGAUGGUGAUCAACUCAACGGUCAGUGUGGUGAAGAAAAUGGAGGAUAUGUGCUGCGAGCAGCUGAAGUUACUGAGACCAGCACAUACAAGAACUCUUCUCCCCAUCUGCCAUGGCAAAUUGCAAGGUCUGAUUCAGUCAGGGGAGAAAAGGCUGUAUAUUCGCCCAGUGCUUCAAAAACACAUAGACCAUCUGAAGGAUCUUACUACGGAUUCACCUUCUGGUGUACCUCACCUUCUGUUAACCCACACAUUACCAGUGAGGACACGUCUUAAACAGCCCAAGAGUCAGUUCAGGUUACGGAGGACACCUCUGGGAUCAGAGGUCACACAUCUGGAACUAGCAGUGGUGGUGGGUCCAGAUGUUUAUGAUGUUCAUAGGCAAGACACUGAGAGAUACAUCCUAACCAACCUCAACAUCGCCUCUGAGCUUCUGAGAGAUGCUAGUCUUGGUGCCAACAUAAGAGUUCACCUUGUCCGUAUGGUCAUUCUCACAGAGCCAAGGCCAGACAUCCAGAUCUCUGAAAACAUCACAUCUUCUCUAAAAAGUGUGUGCGAGUGGGGUCAGAAGGUCAACCCUGAUGCUGACACUGACCCUUUACAUGCAGAUCUACUGUUGUACAUUACCAGGUUUGAUCUGGUGUUACCCAAUGGCAAUAAACUUGUGAGAGGUGUAACUCAGCUGGGCGGAGUUUGUUCCACUCAGUGGAACUGUGUGAUUACAGAGGACACAGGUUUUGAUCUUGGCAUAACCAUCGCUCAUGAGAUUGGCCACAGUUUUGGCAUAAAUCAUGAUGGAAUAGGCAACACAUGCAGCUCUAGUGGCUUUAUGAUGGCAUCUGACGGAGGUUAUAACAGUGUCGAUCUGACCUGGUCUCAGUGCAGCAGGGCUCAGCUCCACAACUUCUUCAGUGCUGGUAAGGCGGAGUGUGUUAAGGAUGUGCCGGUUCUGGGUGGUUCAGUGCAGGACUGGAGGCCUGGUCUGUUCUAUGGUGUGGAUGAUCAGUGCCGUAUAGCGUUUGGAAACUCAGCGACUGCAUGUUCUUUCACUAAUGAUGAUAUGGCAAGCUGCCGUGUUCUGUCCUGCCAUAUCAACCCUCGUGACCGUAGCUCAUGUACUCGUCUCCUUGUUCCGCUCCUGGACGGGACGGAGUGUGGGCCCAGUCAGUGGUGUUUUAAGGGUCGGUGUGUGUCUCCUUCUACUUUGGGUUCCUCCAUGAUGGUUCACGGCUCAUGGUCUUCAUGGUCUGAAUUCUCUCCCUGCUCACGAACAUGCGGAGGAGGAAUCACUUACCGCAAGAGACAGUGCAACAACCCUAGGGCAGCCUUUGGUGGUUCUGUCUGUAAAGGACAGGACAUAGAAGCUGAACUUUGUAAUCGGCAGCCCUGUGAGUCGACUCAGCUGAAGUUCAUGUCUCAGCAGUGCUCAGCCACAGACCAGCAGCCUCUGUUAGUGUCUACAGACUCCAGAUCAGUCUACACUUGGAUCCCUGCCAUCAGCUACACCUCAGGUGAUGCUCAGUGUAAACUGAUGUGUCGCUCACGUGAGCAGGACUUCAUGGUGAGUCGUGGGUCUCAGUUCAUUGAUGGGACACGAUGUGAAGCUGGUAAUACUGUACCACAUGGUUCCAUUUCUGCCUGUCUGGGUGGAAAGUGCCAGCUGUUUGGCUGUGAUGGAGUAAUGCAUUCUGGGAAGUUGGAGGAUGUGUGUGGGGUGUGUGGGGGCAAUGGCUCUGCCUGCCAGUUCAUCUCAAACACCUAUUCAGGUGGAGAGGCUGGAGAGUAUGUCACUUUCCUCACCCUUCCUUUGAACGCCUCUCAGGUUUAUGUGAUUAACACAAAGCCAGUUUUUACACACCUUGCGGUGUUAUUAAAUGAUAAAUAUGUGGUGUCUGGAGAUGGAAACCCAGGGCUAAGCAUCACAUACCCCUCACCUCUAGAGAAAAGCCCCAUAAUCUAUAACCUCUACCUCACACCUGACCAGCAACCUCAAACUGAAGAGCUCACUAUUUCUGGACCAGUCACAGACAAGAUCCACAUACAGGUGUUUAGGAAAUAUGGGCAAGAGUAUGGAGACCUCACCAGUCCAAACAUUUCAUACCAGUACUACUCAUUUGGUGCUGUUUCAGUGGAGAGAGCUGUUCAGGGCAGAUGGUCCAAUGUCAUUUCUGCCUGCUCAGUAACCUGCGGCACAGGCAUCCAGAAAAUCAGUCAGCACUGUGUAGAUGUGGUCACACUCGAGCACCUGGAAGAUGAGCUCUGUAGUUCAUCCCCUCAAACACCAGAUAUACUACAGCCCUGUUUUCUGCCAAACUGCCCACCCAGCUGGGAGUUAGGUGAGUUUGGACCCUGCAGCGCCCCCUGUGGUGUGGGAGAGCGAGUGCGCUCUGUGACGUGCUUUCAGAAGCAGGGUACAGUGAAAGUAAAGCUGCCUGACUCUGACUGUACGCUUGACUCUAAACCACCAACAACUGAAACCUGCAACUCCCAAAUCUGUCCUGCCAGAUGGCAGGUGUCUGAGCCUGGUGAGUGCUCAGCUGUGUGUGGACCCGGGGAGGCCCAGAGAACGGUGUCGUGUGUCCGCUCCCAUCAUGGAUCUGAUUCUGAGGUUGACCAAAAUUUGUGUUCUGACCCCAAACCCCCAGAGCAUGUUCCCUGUGUGGUGGACGUUUGUCCUGUCGGCUGGGAGAGCCAAAGAGAGACUGACCUGACCCGUACAGAUUCCCGCGUAAUGCCCCGUUCAAGAAUGGUUCCAGUUUAUGUUUGGAGUCCUGUGAUUGGCCAGUGCUCCAAGACCUGUGGCAAUGGAUCUCAGCAGGUUUGGUUCUCCUGUGUGGAUCACCAAUCACGUCUAGAAGUUCCAGAGUUCCUUUGUGAUCGUACCACUAAACCAGAGUUGUACACCCAGCCCUGUAGCCCAUCAAUAUGUCCUGCUGCGUGGCACUACAUACAGGGACCCUGCAGUGUUUCUUGUGGAGGUGGUUUAGCGAAGAGAGUUCUGUACUGUUCCCAAAGGGUGGAGGGAGGAGUUGGAAACAGGGAUUUGGUGGUGGGAGAAUCUGCUUGUCAGUCUGUGCCCAGACCUUCAGAGGUAGUGGAGUGUAAUACUGAAAUCUGUCCAGCCAGGUGGCAGGUGGGACAGCAGGGCGACUGUUCAGUGUCUUGUGGGAUGGGUGUAGCUGUGAGGAGUGUGCAGUGUGUUCAGUAUGAGGGGGGUGUAGAGAGGAUCUUGGAGGAGGAGCGGUGUGAGUCAGGAAACAAGCCUCCCGUCACUGCACCAUGCUUCACUCAAGUCUGUUCUUUCCACUGGGAUGUGCGCGAGUGGAGUGAGUGCUCUGUCUCAUGUGGUUAUGGGAUCCAGUCUCGGACCGUGUCUUGUAUGGGCCCAUCGAGUCCUCUUCCUGUUAGUCCCUUUCUUUGCCUCCACUUGCCAAAACCCAUCACCAUCCAGGCCUGCUAUAGCCCUGACUGUUCCUCAGGCCAUACCUCCACACCAGAGCCCAAUGGCACUCACAUCCAAUCAGAGCACCAGAGAGGAGAGGGGACAUGGAGAACCCCAAAAGUGCUUAUGAGAACCACACUAGGUCCCACUGUCAGAGUCAUGAAGAUGAAGAAGAGUUUUUCAGCCAUUGCACCUACAGAGGAAUUGACGAAAAGCACCACGAGCACGCCAACAGAACCACCACAGACCAGUUUCUGUGGGCAACUCCUCCUUCAAGACUCAGGAACUAUUGACCUACGCAAUGUCACUCAGACAAGGUGUAUAUUUGCUAUUGGCCGACCUCUUGAUGAGGUUAUUCACAUCAAAAUUGUAUCCAGCACUCUUAACUGCCGGCAGAAGGAGAAUAUCGCCCUGUAUGACAGACUCAUUCUGAUGCGUCUCUGCGAGAGGACGACUGGUAAAACGCUGAAAUCACGAUCAAAUGUUCUUUUGGUGCGUCAGAGCCGCCUAACCCCUGGCAAUGGAGUAGUACUAUUUUAUCAGAGUGUAAAAAACAAAAAAAGCCACCAUGGAGUAUGUGACGUUCAGCUGUUCACUCCAUCCGGGCACAUUGAGAAUCCGAUCAAGAGUCCAGCCACCUCCCCCUCUAACACUCAGAGCUGUCGCGUGUUCAUUGAUGCUCCUCCAUCUCGGAAGAUUCAGAUCAGAGCACUUUCUGUGUUCAACAAUACUGACACAAACUCAACAUACAUACUGAUUCGUGAUGUGGAUGCCUUAAAGACGACCAUAUUCCGAGGGACACAGCUCUUCCUGUGGAGCUCCUCAGGAAGUAGGGCUGAAGUGGAAUUCCACGGAGAGUAUCAGCAAAUCAAGGGAAUGUUCAGGGCAGAGUAUUCGUAUAUUAACCCUUCUGAAGAAGAACCAGUGUAGUUUGUAAGAGUGUUUCUAGUCCAUAUAGAGCCUUGGAGCAUUUAAAAAUCUUAAUUUAGCCAGUUUAGCACACCAGAAUCAGAACAGGAGGAUUUAUUAACUUUAUAUCAAAGAUAUAUAAUCUGAAGUAUUGUCUUGUUUUGUCAUAUCAUUUACAAACAAACAUAAUACAAUUUACUGUUUAUA